GAGAAUGACGCAAGGCGUUCGAUAGCGUAAUAGCUAUAUAUAAACAGCCGAAAGCCAGCUGAGAAGUAAAUUUGAACUGAAGUUGAAGCGGACGUUUUAUUAUUACGAAUCGACGCGAGAAAUACGAUAUACUGUGAUUUACAGAUAUAUGCUAUUGAAUUAAAAUAUUUAAAUUUACUGAGGUUUGCGGAAAGUAAAAAGAUGUUGCGACCAGUUUCGCGAGUGUUUAACAAGAGUGUCAUAGACACCAUUCAGAACCAGGCGUGUCGGAUACUAGCGUCUGAGCGUCCGACUCUGCGCAGGCGCAUGACAACUGCUACUGAAGCUGUUAAAAAAAUUGAGAUUGAAGAAAUCCCCAAUCGCGCAGUGUCGGUGGCUGAUAUAAGGACAGUGAUAGACGAACAGCACGUGGUGAGGCCGGGCAUGCCGGACCCCUGCAUUCUGACGUUCCGCGUGAGCAAGAUGAUCAAACCGGACAAAGUGCACAUCAACUUUGAGGACUUGCCGUCCGAGUUACACGAACCAUUUGUGAAGCGCAUCAUGAAUGACAUUGUGGAGUUGAAUGGACAAGGCGCCAUCCAAGACAUUCAGUUUAACAACGUGAGCGAAAGCGCAUUCCGCUAUUGUUUGAACAUGCCUAUACGAAGGAUGGGAUACAAAUCUACCUUCACAAAGUACAAUCACGAACGUGGUCUGGCAUGCUUUGAAAGGCUACCAGACAAAAUAACAUUGACUUGUGUCGGUCGAUUCAAUAAAUCGCCGUAUAUGUGAGAUGUACGUGUUGUGUGUAUUACAUUUUCGAUAGUUUUGAGAUUAUUAUUAUGAUCUGAAUUAUUUAUUUGCAUAUUACAUUUAGCAGGGAAAUCCUAUCGGCUGUCUUUCUUUUGUGUAGAACUUUUUUUCGUUCUAAAGCAAUAAAGUAUUCAUUUGAUUGCAUGUUAUAUAAAUAAAUGGUAGGUUGCUUUACAUAAGUUAAAUAUUUAUUUAUUUAUUUCGAUAUUUAUUUGAUUAUGUUUUUACAUGUUUUUAUACAGAGGAGAGCUUCCAUAAUUAUUGACAUUAAAUUUUCAAAAUA